UAAUCAGAUUACAUGUGAAUCAGUUACUCCCCAACCCUGACAAUGUAUUUCACUGCCUCUCCGAACAUAUACAUUUUGAUUUCCAUUGGCCUCAGCUUUGACCCGCGUGUGGGAAGCAAGAGCGAAGAAUUUAGUAAAGUGUUUGUCAGUAGCCACACAAUUUCCAGCUUCUCUCUCAUUAUCGCAGUGCGUCUGUGAAAUGUUUACAGAAUCUUCAUUAACUCCAAGCCCGCUAAUGAUAACAAAGCCUAAAACAAGGCAUCAAUGGUCGAGAUAAGAAUGGCCGUGCUACUAUUUCGGUUGACAUGAGCCUACUGUUUACUCUAGAGCAUGGGAGCAGACCCCAGAACUAUAGCCCUAGCAUAGAAGAAUCUCAAUUUCAACAGAUUGUCACCCAAAGUCCGUUUUAAAUACAUAGUGGGAAUUGGGAAGGUAAAACGUGUUGAUUGGGAAGGAUCUGAUCUAAAGAUGCAGUACUCAAGGCGUUUCCUCUUCCAGAUGUGUCUGAGUUUGCUGGUGUCCACGGGGUCCUGUAGGUGCAAACCACUGAACGAUGUCCUCCAAAGUGAAGAUCCCGAGGGCUUCUCUGGGACUUCUGAGCAGGACCUGGUCGAAGAGGAGGACAGGUUACAGAGCUUUCUGGGAACCAUGAAGGAAGAGUUUCUGAGGAAACUCAACUUAUCAGAUGUCCCACAAGAGCACAGCAAGAUAUACCCACCGCCGUUCAUGAUUGAACUGUACAACAAGUAUGCCUCUGACACGUCCUCUAUGCCUCGUUCUGAUGUCAUCCGCAGCUUCACCGUUCAAGAUGUCAGUCACUCUGAAAAAAAUGGCACCAAGUCAAAACACAGACUUCUGUUCAAUGUAACUGUCCCAAAUCACGAAGAGGUCACCAUGGCGGAACUCAGGCUGUUCACCCUGCUGGAUAAUAGGACAACAUCAACCUCUACCAAUCGGAUCGGGGCUUCCAUAAAGAUCUAUGAAGUGGAGUAUAAAGGAAACAAGGCCACAGCCCACCUUGUGGAUGGGAAAGAGGUCAUUGGGACCCAUCACUCUUGGGAAGCUUUUGAUGUGACCACUGCCAUCCAGAGUUGGGUCAAAUCGGUCCGUGGGGCCAGUGAGUUUGAAGUGGUGGUCGACAGGUGGGACUGUGGGCCUUUCAAAGGUGGAGGUUUGGAUGUGGGUGUGGGUGUGAGGGAUAACACAUCAGCUGCUUUGAUCGUCUUCUCUGACGACCUGGGGAGCAGGAAGAGAGAGGCCAAGAAGGAGCUGAGGGAGAUGAUAGUUCAUGAGGAAGAGACGCUCUUUUCAGGGAGCGACUGGCAAGGGACCGACUACAAUGAGAUCCCCGUGGACUUACACCCCAGGCGGAAGAGGCAGGCGGACACCAACUACUGCCGACGGACCUCCAUGCGCGUCAACUUCAAAGAUAUCGGCUGGGACCAGUGGAUCGUAGCGCCCCCUGAGUAUGACGCCUUUGAAUGUAGAGGGGUGUGCUAUUACCCCCUGACUGACGACAUGACCCCUUCCAAACACGCUCUCAUCCAAACCCUGGUCAAUCUCAAGAACCCCAAAAAAGCCAACAUGGCGUGUUGCGUUCCCACAAAACUGGACCCCAUCACGGUCAUGUACCAGGAGAAUGGUGUCAUCACUGUACGACACCUGUACGAGGAGAUGAAGGUGGCAGAGUGUGGCUGUAGGUAGUGAGAGGUAACAGCCAUGGUUGUCCCCUUUAGCCCUUACUGUAAAUCUGUACAUUCCUGUUGUAAGAUGCAUUUUAGUUAUUUUAUUUAGUAUAUGUUCAACAAAUGCACAGUCUGUCUAGAAUUGCAAUAAAGCCUAUAAUACAAUA